AUGAGCGUCGACGUCCCUGCCACUCCUGCUGCCCCUGCCACGCCCGUCGCUGAGCCUGUCGUCGCUGCGCUGGCCGUCGACGUGCCGACGCCUGUCUCGCCUAUCGAUUCGGCCAAGGCGCAGAUCUUCGCUGCCAAAGACCAAGCCAUUGGCCAAGUCUCGGCUUGGAAGGUCGACGUCACGACGGCUGUCGCUGGCCAGGUCGACGUCGCCAAGGAGCUCACGGGUGCUACGCGCUUGCAGAUUAAGCGUGUGGGUACUAUGGUCUGGACGACGGUCAAGCAGCCCGUUGCGGAGGCCAUCCAGGUCUUGAUUGAUGCCAACUCGUCCAAAGGAACGCCGCUUCGCUCGAUCAUCUCGGAUGCCCGCGCGUCCGUGAACACGACCUUGUACAACGUCCAGGUGUCGACGAAGGAGUCGCAGGAGGCCGUGGUCCAGUCGCUCGUACCCGUCCAAGAGUCGCUCGUCGUCGCCCAGGAGCACGCGAUCAAGUUCAACGUCUUUCGCAAGGCCUACCCGGCGGUCGUUGUCGGUGGUGCUGCUGCCAUCAUCGGUCUUCCGACGCUGCUUCGCCGUGGCAAGGUCUACGGCGGUGUCUACGCCGUGGCGGCUGCUGGCCUCACGGGUGGUGCCAUGUAUGCGGCUGACGAAGUCGAAAAGUGCCUUCGCCGCUAGAGAUGUCUUAUUAUACAACUGCACUACUGAGCUUUC